GACGCAACCGCUUCCAUAGGUGUAGGUAUAGUUACUAGAUACCAUCGCUCAAGUACAUCCGUAAAUAUUGAUAUCGUAGGGAUACGUCAAAACAUUAAAGUUCCAAGAAGUUCGCAGCAGUACGCGCCCAACUGGUUCGAAUAGAAUAUUUCCAAGUUACCUGAAUAUAAUUAUACUAUAAUAUUAUAUAUCCGUAAUACACGGCUUUUCGUUUACCUAAUCGUAAGAUCAGUCUAUAUACGAACGCAUUUCUGCAGUGAAUUUUCAGAGGAUCAUCAUUUCGAGCAUCGCUGAUCAACGGAUUGUCAUCUUUUUUUCAUCCAGAUAACAGCCGGCCGCCAUGAAAACCGGCGGCGGAACGCUGGUCCGGCUGACGCUGAGCGGCGGCGCGUUGGUCGCGUCCACCGCGGCGGCGUGCUGUUUCCUGUCCGUGUGGUCGUACUGGUACUACGAGCUGGACGCCGACUGCGUGCAGGCGCGCGACUGCAAGUGCCUGCUGUUCGGCACGAGCUUCGCGGGCGGCGGUUUCGUGGGUGGCGACCGGUUCGCGUGCCAGUACGUCGCGUACUCGCUGCUGGCGUCCGCCGGGCUCGCGGCCUACACGAGCGUAUACUACGGCUGCAGGUUGCUACUGUGCGCGGGCCACAGCCGCGGCCGGCACCAGCACCACCGGCCAGUCAGGACAGUGGCCGAGACCAGACCCGAGGACGGCACCACCGGCCGCACCAGUCCACAGAUACAGAUAAAUGGCUUAACGAUUUGCCUUGCAAUUAUUCUCGCUGCCAUGGCGUUAAAUAUGUUUAUUGCAUCGAUCGUACUGAGCAACGGAUAUAUAUCGACCUGUCUGCAGUACGUGCAUCGAGUGAAAAGUUAUUUGAUGGUUUCCGGAAACAUGGUAGAGUUGAUAACAAACCGUAUGUCUUGUGGGACCAUUUACGAUUUCAUGGACUACUUACAACCGCCAUCGCGACAGGUGACAUAUGAACUGAUCCACCGACACAAGACCAAUCCACGCGAUUCUGUGAUUAAUACAUCGGCACUUUUAAUUAUAUCUAUUGUACUGUCGUGGUUGAACACAUUUAUAUGGAUUGUAUUUACGUUUUGUACUUAUUAUUUCAGGUGAAUAGGGUACCUACCUAUUAAAUAAUGUUAAACGUCUAAUUAACUGUUGAAUACAAAUUCGAUUUGAGUGUAGGUGACAUGUUUACCAUUGGUAAUACCUACCUUACUGUGUCAUGAAUAAUCAAUUGUUUGUGCAAAAAAUUAAACUACAAAUCCAACUGCUAUAAAUAAAAUAUAUUUUAUCAUA